AUGAGGAUAACAAAAGGUCUAGAAGUGUUACCAACAAAACCUGCAGCAAAAAGCCCAAAGGAGGAAAAGGAAAAGGAAAAAACAUUUAUCAAGGAAAGCUUCGAGACAAAGCUCCUCAACUCUAGUCAAGAUGACUCAAAAACAUCAACUGGAUCGCGCCGAAAAAGAAAUAAAGGCAUCACCUUUACAAAAGAAUCACUGUCAAAGCAGCGCAACCAAAGGAUACGACGAAAACCGGCUGCAUUUGAUGACUAUGUCAGCUAUAAUAUUGCUGCUUCACAAAAACCACGUCACGUAUUGAAGAGGCAAGCCGCGUCUGACACGGAAAACAAAGGGUUGGAGUUGCCUCAAACGCUUCUAGAGCCAAUGGAACCACAACUACGGCAAUCACCGGCCAAGAUUGACUUCGAGCAAGGCAAGGCAGAGUGCAAAGACAAAAAAGGGAAAUACGACCCCUGCGCUGUUUCACCAUCUGGCAAGGACGAUGCAAUAUCUAAUCCGCGAACAGUCAAAAAUCAAGAGGCGUCCACUGAUGUUUCUUUGCAAAACACGAAUCCGCCCUCUCUACCAUCAUGUUUACUCGAUCGAGGCAUCAAGAUCGAGAAAAUCAUGAAACUCUUUUACGUGAAAGAUGAGCUGGUGGGGCUGUGCAAAUACAAGAACUGUCUUUUAAUGCAAAUUGUUACCGUGGAAAAGCUUAAAGAAGUGGAUCCACAGGCUCUUAUCCGAGCAUACGAGCCAUUGUUUUGGGGCACGCAGACCAACAAA